CAGACCUUGCGGCUUUAAUGGAGCUGUGCUCCUCUGUUCCGGUGCUGGAUUGACAGAGACUGGAAGGCAUUGCAGACAUUCGGAUUGUGAAGGGAUUGAAAACAUUGACACCAAGGAUUCAGUGCUGCAGCGGCAGAGGCUAGUCGAGUUGUGAAGCUAUCUGGCAGAACAAGACUCUUUCCUGUCCCUGGAAGUAUAGCCAUGCUGUUUGCUGUCCUGCUCCUGAUCGGUGAUCUCUGUGACAUUUGGAAAGUACCUACAGUCCAGGCGGAGCUACAGAGGCCCAACAUCUCCAUCAGCGGUCCUGUGGGAAGGGUGACCUGGGGGCAGAACUUUUCCAUCAGCUGCUCCGCGGUGCCCCAGCUCACAAACGGCACCUUCCGCCUCGUUCUGCCCGACGGAACCAGGACCACAUCUCAGCCAGCUGUCAACCACACGGCCAUCUUCCCCCGUCUUGCUGCGCGUCUCUCAGACCAGGGGAGCUACAGCUGCCUCUACGAGGUUGUUGGCAUUAAUCGCACCUUUAACGAAUCAAGCAGCCCGUUCAGUGUGAUGAUAAAAGAGUCAGUUCCUCUCAUCACUGUUGUGUCAACAGCAGGGGGUGCUGUGUUACUCAUCAUCCUGUGCAUCAUCAUCUUCAUAUCCUGUAAAAGGAAGAAGACCAGGGAGAGCCGCAGGAGUGAGCCAGCCAAGAUGACAGCGAGUGCCAGCCAGAGGCAAGACGACUUGGACUCCUGCGGGACUGGGCCAGACUACGAGAACCAGACGGCCGAGUACGACAGCGCCAGCUAUGUCAACAUGGAGUGUGCUGUUGAGAACGACAGCGACGCUGAUUACAUCAACACUGAGACCUUCGACCCGUCCCGGCCAGGGGCAGGAGACAGUGACAGCCAGCCCGAUUACGAGAACUUCUCUCAGGCUGGUGCUGGGCAGGGCACAAGUAGAAUGUGAGCAAAUCCAGGACCUUCUUCUGUAAAGGGGAGGCUAUUUUCACAGUGAGACAUCCGAGUUCAUCAUCUUGUCCCAUUGGCUUGUAGUGAAAGUGGGUUUAUAGACAGGGGCCUCAGCAUUUAGUUCUUGUUUGAUCGCUAUGGACAAUAGCAGAUGUCUGCAACAGAAAGAAAUAUUUUUAAAAAACUGUAACAAGCCGUUGUUCUACUCCUUUAAAAACGACUAAGCACGACAGACUAUGCACAGAACAAGCUAACUCUCUAAUAUCUCACUGAGCCAAGGGCGGAGCAUUUCUGAUCUCUCUGGAUCCUUGUAUAAGCUGUUACCUCCACACUGCUCAGUCAGGUUUACUGCAAUCAUAAACAAGGCUCUUAACUUUGUCUAAGCAAAACAGAUAUAGGUGACCUCAGUUAAUGUGGCACUUUAUGGCACACGGACGCAAGGUAUUCUGCUGUUACAAUAACAUACUGCUUUCAUCACAGUUGUUUAUGAAGAAGGACAUGAUGCUCAAGCCAGAUGCCCAGAAUGUGGUAAAACAGGAUGUACAGACAGCAUGAAGUUUAGUUCAGCAGUGCCUGGAAUGGAAUUUAAUUUGGGUAACAACUAGAAUAACCUUGAUAACAGAUCUGUAUUAAAGUUGCUAACUAAUGAAGGCAUGUUGAUACCUAAAAAAUAAUACUGUUUCCAACUUUUGUGAAAGAGUAUUGCACAUACAGUACAUGCUCGAUUAGUGGCACUACUAAGGAUGGACCCUCAAAGAUCUCCACAGCCUUUGAGAUGAAAACCAGCUUCCUCAUCACAGGCAUUAGGAAGAUCACGGAAGAAAUGUACAGUAUUUGCUCUCAUGAGCACUAUACAGUAAUAAUAUGGUUAUGUGGAAAUCAGAAUCACAUUUUUCUCUUAGAUUUUGAAUUUCUCCCGUUUCUGAAAAAAGAAUUAUUAAAAAGGUUUGAUUUAAA